AUGCCUUCCCCAGCAAAGGUUAGCUAUAUAGCUCCGCUGAACAUUGUGUCAAAAGGUGAUAGAAACUUACAUGAAUCUUCUUCAACGCAGAGCGCUCUCUCGGAGGACCUGCUUCGCCGCUGCAACUUUGAUUGGGCCGAAGAUGUCGAAGAUGCGGUAGCCGAUCACAAUUUACCUAUGAACGCUAUACCAAAGUCUCUUCAUUAUCGUGCACCUGGCAUGAGUUGGUACGACGAACCGUUCCCGACUCCCAAUCACGUUCCCACCCCCCGAUUUCAGCCAUCAUUUUCAACUCUGUAUGAAGAGGUUUGGGAUGAGCUAUGGGGCUGGGCCCAUGGGACUUCAGAUUCAGCCUCAAGCUCCUCCAAAGAAGCCGAGUCUGAUCUCCGUGAGACCACCAGUGCAUCUUCCAGCUACGACGAGCCUUUCCACAAUGACGAGUUCCACCGGGAGCAACUGACACCAACCGCGGACUCUGACGUCUAUUCGGUUGCACAGCAAUCUGUAGACAAUAUCUUUGCUGAUCGUCAAGCCUGGAUUGAAGCUGAUGAGGACCUACAUCAUUUCAACUGGAUGGGGGUGGGGACGUACACACACAGCUCGACUACCCCAUCCCACUCGCUUGCAAUCAUAUUAGCAAAACCCAAGAAUCCGCAAGGAAGUGCCACGUGGAGAAUUCUAUCACUUUUGAACCGAGCAGGCGAAUAUAUAGAUCCUGUUCUUGUACUUAUGGAUGGCACCGACAAUGCCUUGUUCGACCUCCGGGGAUCAGAACUUGUACGUGCAUCAACCAGACGGGUCUUCAAGUUCUACUCCCCACACGGCACAUGGCUUGAAGACCCUAGCGAUUCUAGUGAAGAAACAACUACUGAUUUUGGCGAUGUAAGGACUUACGAUGCCCUAGAUUUGGCCAUUGGAAAUGGUUUCGUGGAGUCCAGUGCUAUUAGGUCAGUGUCCCAGUGGACAGCGUCUCGGAAUGAAGCUUGUGAUGCCUCUUGGGGUCAGCCUCCGCAGAGGAAGACUUGGGAGCGGAAACCUUCGCCGUUGAGCCAAUGCCAAUCAAUCCUGCCAGAAACACUCCCACAGGCAGCACAGCCAGAGACUAUCAAGGGGGCGAAGAAGCCACCCAGAAAAAUCACGACUUGUGUUGUUGGGGCACCACCUGAAGAGUAUUUUUCUUUCCCCACGCCUGUUUUUGGUCGUCGUAAGGGGAUUAAGCACGUAUUUGCAAAGGCUCGGAAGGGUCUGGCAUCCAUGCUCACAUCACUGAGAGGCAAGUUCACUUAG